UUUUAAAAUAAUAAUACAAAUGCUAUUAUUUUUGGGGGUGUUUAUGAGUUACUGAUCUUCAUUUCAUUUGAGCUAAUUCGUUUGGUCUGCGUUUGAUAUUAGCUACAAUCGCAGCACCUCUAAACAAGGAAGCUAAUGUUAGCGCAAUGUUGUGGAGAAGUACAAGGUUGUCUCAAGCUGUGUUUAACAAGACUGUAUGAUAUUUUGGAUUAUUCGUAAAAACAUAUCAUUUAUUAUUUGGUUUGUAUUCCAUAAAUGAGUAUUAGCGUUGGACGUGAACAUGGACAUGCCGUGAUAAACGGCUAACAGUGCUUAUACGGGCUUCUGCUAAUCAUGGGAGAAGAGGCUGAUGUUGACCUAUGUGUGGACACUUACUCCGACUCGACAGAUAUAAAGGAUGACACCCAAGUUAAAUGGACUCCAGAAGAGGAGGAAAACCUGAAAAUCCUUGUCAAGAAUUUUGGAGAACGCAAUUGGAAAACCAUCGCCAGUUUGUUACCAGGAAGGACAGAAGCACAGUGUAUUCACCACUGGAAAAAUAGCAACGAUAAUGAACCGGUCAAAGGCUGCUGGUCCAAAGAGGAAGACAAAAAGGAGAUCAUAGAGUUGGUGAGCAAGUUUGGCACCGCACACUGGACUUUGAUUGCCCAGCAUAUGAAGGGUCGUCUCGGGAAACAGUGUCGUGAACGUUGGAUCAACCACUUGGACCCGCUUUUAACAAAGGCCUCCUGGACCCACGAGGAGGAUCUCAUCAUUUACAAAGCUCAGUGUGUCUUGGGGAACCGCUGGACUGAGAUUGCCAAGCUGCUUCCUGGAAGAUGUGUCGUUGCUCUUUGUAGGACAGAUGGUGCUGUGAAGAGCCGAUGGAACUCUUUUCUCAAACGCAAAGCCGAGUUGGGUCUGCUCAAAGAUGAUGCCAUCUAUGUUGAUAUUCAGCAGUUUGUGGAAGGGCGGGUGGACUUCAAGUGUGAUGUUUUAUUAGACACUUCGGCAUUAACUCCAGAAAUGGUCAAACCUAAGAAGCCCGAAGUCAUGCAGAAGAAGGCUGUCCUACCUGUGCAGACAAUGACGUCGAAAGACAAGUUGCCUCCACCCAAUGUCGCCAGCUCCAGUAGCGUUAAUGCCCCAGCAGCAGCAGCAAAACCAGUGGACCAGAAAAAGGUUGUGGAUGCAGCAUUGAGGAUGAUCGCUGAGGACAUGCUGCCACUCAGUUUUGUUGAAGGAACAGGUUUUCGUUCCUUCAUGAGCGCCAUCAGUCCCGAAUACAACAAGCUGUCCCAGCGUGCUGUCGGCUUGCAGCUUUACGACAACGUGGAGAGAACCAUCAAACCUCAGCUCAUUCGUGACCUUAAAGCUUGCCUGUCCAAAUCAAAAGACGGCGCCAUCCAUGUAACCUGUGACCUCUGGGCUGGUGUGCGUCCGCUGGAGGUGCCAGUCGUCAUGGUGCAGCUCCACUUCAUCAGCGAUUCAUGGCAAAUCCGCCGGCCCACCGUGGCCUUCCGUCAAGUGCGCCACAAAGACCUCAAGAGCGGCGUGGCCCAGGAGCUGGAAGGCGUGCUGCUCAGUUAUGGCGUCUUUCCAUGUAACAUUGGCUACAUCCUCAUCAACCACGCCAAAGAGGCACUGGCUUCCAACAGCCUAUUCUGCGACUACAAGAUCAUGUGCUCAUCUAACAGGGGAGAGCCAGAUGGAGAGGAUAUAGUGGCCUUUCUGUCAGACCACAUGUCUGAAUCACAGUCGCCGUUUUUAGAGCUCAACAUCGGGACUAGGAUGACCUGUAUAGCCAAAACUCUGCAGCUGGUGAUCAGCGAGGCACUGAAGAACUCCAGAGUGAUCGAGAACCUGCUCUCACAUGUCCACAACGUAGUGGCUUUCUUCCGGAGUAGCAACUACUGGAGUGAGGUUUUGUCAAAGGAGUACAGCGUGUCUCUGUGUCCGCCAUCCAGCUACUGCCGCUGGAACUCCAUGAUGGUGUCUUUGCGCCGCAUGGUGCAGGAGUCGACCUGGAACGGCGUCAUGACCGUCUUGGCGCAGGCGCGCAGCGAGGCCAGCGACACGGCCAGCGCCCCACCCCUGGUCAUGGUCAAGAGGGAGCAAGUGCUCGACAUCUUGGGUCUCUUGGAGCCCUUUCAGGAUGCCCUGCAGGCCUUGUUUGGAAACGCGGUGACCAUCUCAUCCAUCAUACCCUCUCUAAUAAACCUUGAUAAGACUUUGGAGGCAUCUACCACCAGCUACACCCACUUCAAAAAGUCCUUACGCACUGGCCUCUAUACUUACUUCCAGUCCCUGAUUGAGCAGAAAGACCUGAUUGUGGCUGCUGUGCUUGACCCCAGAAGCAAACUGAAGACAUUCUGCGAUAACACUGAAGAAUCGACAGGUUUCCUAACAGCUCUAACAAAAUCUGAGGCUCGCUCUGUUGUCGAAGCUGCUCUGGCGAGCCAAGAAACGUCAGCUAACCCCCCUAUGGAGGCAGGAGACCACCAGAAAAGUCAGGAGAGGGACCUGCUGCAGGAAACACAAACGAUUAAGACAGAGAGUGCAAUAAAAAUCUCUGCCAACAGCUCAGACAACAACGUGGUCAAUCACGUCGGUGUCAAGCGCAAGUUGUCCGAUAACAUCCCACACCAGCCUCCCUCAAAGACCUUGACGUCAGAACUGGACAUGUACCUGUCAGAACCGCUGUGGGCUAACAGCUCCAGUUUGCUGUUCUGGAAAUCUGCCGCGCGCUUCCCUCAACUGCAGGGCGUCGCCAAGAGGCUGCUGGCGGUGCCGGCCACCUCAGGGGGUUUUGACAGGCUCUGCCCGAUGGCGGCAUGUAUUGUACGAGCCAAACGGAACCACAUGCCGCCUCACACCACAGAGAGACUACUUCUCUAUAAGAACUCUUUGAAGACAAAGACUGUUAAAAAGCCCAGCGGGGUCAGCAAACACAGACAGACAAAGUGAUGGGAUGAUUAUGUCCAAAACAUAUUUUCCUACAAUGCAGUACAGUAUACAACCACCAAUAUUCGAGAGUGUGUUGACCAUUUCUCACAGAAAAGCUGGACCCUAUUGCCACAAUAAAGACUUCUGCUGCUUAACACACAUACUGGACAGUUGUGGGGUCCUUGGUGCCCACAAUUUAAAAAUAAGUAAAUAAAUGGCUUUUAUAUUAAUAACUAGUAAUUGUUGAGGUUUGCUUGCAAUUGCACUGUUGUUUAUGUAGCAACUACAGUACAUUGGGUCACAUUACAAUUACUUUAACCUUAUUGGCUUUGUUUAAAAGCCUCUGUCAUCUUACUCGUAUUCUGUUGUGGGGUAGCUUUGUGGUAAGACCCAAAUACUACAUUGUUCUGGACAGUUGGUGAUGGUUCCUAUUUAAGAACAGCAGGAUGGAGUUUUUAUUUUGUUUUUGUUUUUUCAAGUAACUGCAUUAUUGAGGAGUUCUGUUCUACUGUGUGUCAAAGAAUGUUCACGUUACAGUACUUGUAAUAAAGUCAAUUUACCUGCA